GAAAAAAAAAAAAAGCAACCUCCAAAGUGCAACCACAUUGCCAAACUUGCAGCGGCCCCGGGGACCGCAGCCGCUCCCGCGGAGCCGGAGGAGGAAAAGGAGGAACAGCAACACCGAGAUCCUACCCCCCGUCCGCUCUCCCUGCCACUUUCCCGGGAGCUCCGGUCAUUAGAGCAACGCAUCCCCCCCGCCCCGCCCCGCUUUUUUUAUUUUUAUUUUCUUCCACCGCUUCUGCAAGAAGUCCCUGCCCCUCCGCCAGCCGGUCCCUUUUCCCCGGGAAGCCGAGAGGCAUCGCUCACGUUUCGCCGCCGCCGCCUUUUUGCGAGACUGCAACAUAGGGGAGAAGCAGACCAUGGUGAACCCAGGCAGCAGCGCCCAGCCUCCCCCGGUGACGGCUGGCUCCUUGUCCUGGAAGAGGUGCGCGGGUUGCGGGGGGAAGAUCGCGGACCGUUUCCUGCUCUAUGCCAUGGACAGCUACUGGCACAGCCGGUGCCUGAAGUGCUCCUGCUGCCAGGCUCAGCUUGGGGACAUCGGCACAUCCUGUUACACCAAGAGCGGCAUGAUCCUGUGCAGGAAUGACUAUAUCAGGUUAUUUGGAAAUAGUGGCGCUUGCAGUGCUUGCGGACAGUCGAUUCCUGCCAGUGAGCUGGUCAUGAGGGCACAAGGCAAUGUGUAUCAUCUUAAGUGUUUUACAUGCUCUACCUGCCGGAAUCGCCUGGUCCCGGGAGACCGGUUUCACUACAUCAAUGGCAGUUUAUUUUGUGAACAUGAUAGACCUACAGCUCUCAUCAAUGGCCAUUUGAAUUCACUUCAGAGCAAUCCACUACUCCCAGACCAGAAGGUCUGCUAAAAGGUCAAAGUAAUGCAGAGUGCGUGCCUUCAUCUCAAAUUUUGUUCAUCACAGAUGGAUCCCAUGUGUCUCCAGUAGACAAGUCACCUUUGUAGCUAGCACCAGUGCCAGCUCCAUGCCAUUGCACCUUCUUUAUUCUUGAUUGCCCUUCCCACAUUUAUUGGUGUAUUAAAAUGACUGAAUAUGAACAUUAAGGACUCCAUGAACCUGGGCUAAUGGGAGACUGUAGCGAAAAUGAAAAAAGAUCCACCGGAGGACAUCUUUGGGGGGAGGGGGCUGGGGAGGGAGGGAAAUGACUAAUGAAGCUAAUUAAAAGAAGCAUUCAAAUCUGCUUUCUACCGUCAUUAACAAUUAGCAGGGCACUGGCCAGAGUUUGUACCCUGUGUUUUACCUUAACAACAUUCUAUUUGCUCUUUGUAUAUUUAAGUGUUGUAAGGAAAUGUGUUUCAAUCAAAACUGAACAUGAGAUAAAGGAAGAGAUGUGGCUUUUGUGAUAUUCUAUCACAAACACUUUUAUUGUAUCUCUGUAAAAUACAAUGUAUGUAUGCAUGUAAGUGUUUUUGUCCUAAUGUUGCUACUUCCCAUGGCAAAAAAAAGGAAAAAAAAGAUUGGAAAAAAAAUUCAGGCUCAUAGCAGCUACUGUGUAGAAAUUUUUCCCUACUUCUAAUUUGCUGAAUGAAGAAAAAUCUUUUAUUUGUGAUAUUUUCAGAGACAUUUGCUCUAGUAUGGUGUAUUUAAAUAAUAAAAAUUUAAAAGGAAAA